AUGUCUACAACGGGGAAACAUGCGGUCGCCGUUUCGAGGAGAACAGGGCAAUCCGAGAAUCCAGAUGUGGCAAUGGAGAAGAAUGAGGGUGGUAAGAAUUAUAGGGGCUUUGUAGCUGGUGUUUUCUCGGGCGUUGCGAAGUUGAGUGUCGGCCAUCCCUUCGACACCAUAAAAGUCCGCCUCCAAACUUCAGAUAGCACCCGUUUCUCAGGCCCCCUCCAAUGCCUCCUCUCCACCGUCCGCAACGAAGGCGUCCGCGGCCUCUACAAAGGCGCCACUCCCCCCCUCGUGGGAUGGAUGUUCAUGGACAGCAUAAUGCUGGGCUCCCUAACAUUCUACCGCAAAUUCCUGCACCGCACCCUCUUCUCGCCCUCCCAAAUGGCCGGCCUCCCAUCCCGCGACCCCUCCCUCCCAGUCCACAAACUACCCACAGUAGGCCACGCCCUCGCUGGCAUCAUGGCCGGCGGCACCGUCAGCUUCAUAGCCGCCCCGGUCGAGCACGUCAAAGCGCGCUUGCAGAUCCAAUAUUCGAGCAAGAAGUCCGAACGCCUGUACAGCGGCCCCAUCGACUGCGCGCGCAAGAUCUAUAAGUUCCACGGCCUGCCUGGCAUCUACCACGGGCUCUCAGCCACGCUGCUCUUCCGCAGCUUCUUCUUCUUCUGGUGGGGCAGCUAUGACGUCUUCACGCGCCUACUGUCCGAGAAGACGCAGCUCAGCAUGCCGGCGGUGAAUUUUUGGGCCGGCGGGCUCAGUGCCCAGGUUUUCUGGAUUACGAGUUAUCCGUCUGAUGUUGUGAAGCAGCGCAUCAUGACGGAUCCGCUGGCGGGGGGACUUGGGGAUGGAGAGAGGAGGUUUGCGAAUUGGAGGGAGGCCGCUAGGACUGUGUAUAGGGAGAAUGGGGUGAGGGGGUAUUGGAGGGGGUUUUUGCCGUGUUUUCUAAGGGCGUUUCCUGCGAAUGCUGUGGCGCUUGUGGCAUUUGAAGGGGUUAUGAGGCACCUGAAUUAA